AUGGAUCAAGAUGACGACUCGAAGCUGCCACACAACGCUGCGCUCUACUCCGACGCGCGCCGAGGCAAUGCUCAUCUGAUCGGUGCCUUCUCGUCACAUGUUGCUCGUCUCCGUCAGCCUGUAUGUUCGCAAUCCUCUCUUGCCCUUGACUCAGACUUCAUCGUGAUACCUGCAAGGCCUGCACUAACCCCCCCGCCUCGCCCUUCACAGCAGAACUCAGAAACCAGCUCCCUGGCGAGUCCGACGGACCCAUGGGCCACCGACGUCGAUACGAUAACCCCCGCCCCCGGAACUCUCGUCGACCGCUACCACGCGCUGCGCGCCACCGAAGACAAGCGCAUUGCCCAGCGUAUGGGCAAGGCUUUCACCCGUGAGAAGAUCUCGUCCAAGGUCAUCUUCUCGGCCAGCAAACGCUGCGGACCCAACGAGAUCCGCAGCGUCGCUUGCUACCCUGUCCCCGAGUCGCCUCUGCCCAACGAUAUCUACGGUGCCGUCACCGAUACCAUGGAUGGUCCUUCCCAGUGGGCUGGCCUGCGCACCCGCCACCUCGUGUCGGGCUUUAUCAUUGGCCCUGUCAAAGACAUGCGCCGCAUCUUCCAGCGCGCCAACCGCAACAUGGCCAAGUGCCUCGAGGGCGACCAAAAGGGCGACAAGUACUAUCUCCCCAAGUGCCACAAGGGCUCAGACCAGAGCUUCUUCAACGAGAUGUUCGGCCAACAGGAAUACCACCGCGAGGUCAUGCGCCGCCACCACCGCAACGCCUGGGACCGCUUCCUCGACGGCAUGGUGCCUACGCGCCCCGGUGCCCCUCGCAGGCCACACAAGAUUGAGACGCUCCUCAUCGACGACCCUCUCAACCCCUCGUUUGACCACCAGCUCAUGAGCGAUCCGGACUACCACGUCGAUCAGCGCUACGAGUUUGGCAUCAUGGUGGACCACUUCUCUGAGGUCUCGCACCAGACAUCCAACGCCCUCCAUGACACGACGUUUGUCAACCACAGCGCCCCUCUCGGCCCACAGGUGGACAAGCCUGCCCAUGGACAGAAGAUUAUUUGCAGCCCCCGUGCGCCCAUGCCGAGCGACCUCGUCGACAACGCUGGCGGUCUCGAACUCUUUGCCGAACAGGGCCGCCCCCGCUGGGAACCGCUACCGCUCUACAGCGAGGUCUGCAACGGCGUCAUCCCCGUUGUCGCACACCACAACUGGGUCAAUAAGAAGCCCAUCGACACCCUGUGGCCCUCCAUGUGGUGGACAGGCCAUGCACGGCAGCUGUUCGAUGCGCGGCGUGCACAGGCGAAGGACGAGAGUGAGCGCAAGCGUGUCGGCGGCGUCGACACGGAUACGGGCAAGAGCCUGACGUGGGAUGACCUGUGUCCGGCCGAGUGGGAAAAGGACGUCUUCUUGGAUUGA